GGGCGGGGGCGGAGCGGAGCGGCGGCACCACCACCACCGGCACCACCACCACCACCAUGAUGGCGCAGCGGGCGCUGCCUAAUCCUUACGCGGACUACGACAAGUCCUUGGCCACCGGCUACUUCGACGCCGCCGGGAGGCUGACUCCUGAAUUCACCCAGCGGCUGAAUAACAAAAUCAGGGAGUUGCUCCAGCAGAUGGAGAGGGGCCUCAAGUCUGCCGACCCGGAGGACUGCACCACAUACACCGGCUGGGCAGGCAUUGCUUUGCUGUAUUUGCAUCUGUAUGACGUGUAUGGAGACCCAUCCUACCUUCAGGUGGCCCACGAGUACGUGAAGAAGAGCCUGAGCUGUCUGACAAGACGAUCCAUCACUUUCUUGUGUGGAGAUGCCGGGCCCCUGGCAGUGGCUGCUGUCAUCUACCACAAACUGCAGAACCAGAAGCAGUCAGAAGAAUGCAUCACGCGUUUGCUCCAUCUGCACAAGCUUGACCCACGAGUGCCCGAUGAACUGCUGUACGGACGCAUGGGCUAUCUCUAUGCACUGAUAUUUGUGAACAGGCACUUCGGAGAAGAAAAAAUCCCCCAGAGUCACAUUCAGCAGGUCUGUGAAGCAGUUGUAGCCUCAGGAGAGAGCUUGGCCAAAAGGAGGAACUUUACGGCAAAGAGCCCACUGAUGUAUGAGUGGUACCAGGAGUACUAUGUAGGGGCAGCCCAUGGUUUGGCUGGGAUUUACUACUAUCUCAUGCAGCCUGGCCUUGGAGUGAGCCAAGUAAAACUGCACAACACAGUCAAACCCAGCGUGGACUACCUCUGCCAGCUCAAGUUCCCAUCUGGCAAUUACCCUCCAUGCAUCGAUGACACCAGAGACCUACUCGUCCACUGGUGCCAUGGGGCACCAGGUGUUAUCUACAUGCUUGUCCAGGCCUACAAGGUCUUUGGGGAACAGCAGUACCUAAACGAUGCCCUGCAGUGUGCAGAAGUGAUCUGGCAGCACGGGUUACUGAAGAAGGGCUAUGGGCUGUGCCACGGGACAGCUGGCAAUGCUUACGGCUUCCUAGCGCUCUACAACCUCACUCAGAACAUGAAAUACCUGUACAGGGCCUGCAAGUUUGCAGAGUGGUGUUUAAGCUAUGGCCAGCAUGGGUGCCGGACCCCAGACACGCCCUUCUCUCUCUUUGAAGGAAUGGCUGGAACGAUUUACUUUCUCGCUGACCUGCUGGUGCCAACCAAGGCCAGGUUCCCUGCAUUUGAACUCUAAAUCUGAGCUUGGCAGUUUCUUGCCUGAAUCCUUCCACACUUGGAAGAGCAGUUCGAAGCUGCUUUCUCCUUCCAAACUCAUCGUUGUUCACCUAACUGAACGUAAAUCCAUCCUCCUGAGGGCAUGCUGGGUUCUCUAAUAUUUCUAGUCGCCUCAUUGCAUUGUUUCAGUUUAAAAGACAGAGUGCAGAUUUUGCUGGUGUCUCUUAAAACCGCAGGGCUGCAGGUAGGGAGCAGGGAGAAAAUGUACAGUAUUUUGUUGGCUAUAGAGUUUUGCUAUUUUCCCUAUCCCAUUUCCUUGGAGAAAGUUUUCUAUUGAAUGUAACUUUGGCCAUUUAAUUCUUACCUUUUUUUUUUUUUUUUGUGCUGACAAAUGGUUGCAGGAAUUUAGUUGCCUUUGGAAAACAAAAGAUGAAAAACUGAGACCUGCCCUGCAAGUUGCUUUUAAAUGUUUUCUUUAUGAGCACCCAGGCAGUAGCAGUUCAGUAGCUGAACAUGAAGCAAAUGUGACAGACUGUGGAGUCUUUAUAUAUGUUUUUUUAACAUGAGAUUGCAAGUGGCACAGCUGGAACUGACAUGCUAAAGCCUUGUCCUGAAUUUCCACCUGUCUGCUUUAAAGGCAAAGGCUCUGUCUAGCUCUUUUGUGCAUUUUUUCCAGUAACAGGCAAAUAAUCCACUAGCUUUUGUGCUUAUUUGCCAUCUUAUGCUAAACCUUGCAAAAGGCCAUCGAUCAUCUAAUGGAAAACUCCAAUCUAAAAGUGAGCUAAGCAUGCUUGCUGGCGUGGUCUCUUCUGUUUAGCUUUGACAGUUUAUUUUGUAGUCUUUAUUUAAAAGUGUGUGUGAAUAUUAUAGGUGUUAGGUGGUGCCAGGCCCACCAGCAGCAGCAUGGGAAAAGAAAUGUAUUUCACUGAGUUCUGUCAGUGUUUAACCUAUUACCUUUAGAGAUGUUGUUUACAUGCUUUGUUUUAUAAUCUUCCUGAACCUGGAUAAUUUGAGUCACUUGUUUGCCUUGUUACGUAGUUUGCUAUGCAACCACACAUUUACCCAACUGCAAAAUCUGCCCUGGGUUAAAUAGCUUUGACCUGUCAAGCAGGCCUGAUGCUUGCAAGGGGUAAAUCUGUUUUUCCACCCUUAGCUGAUGCUACACUGAUUUGCAGCAAUUAGGGACCUGACCCUAUAAACCACUUUCUUAGCACUGAGCAUGAGCUAAACACUGAGUGCAGUGGCAGUUCCUGAUGCAGCCGUGCCGCUUUGUGCUGUUUGAAGGCAGCUCCUCAGCCUGCACAAAAGUGGAUGUGGGGUUUGAUCUUUUUAGAGGCCCGGUUGCUGAGUGCCUCCGGCCACCGAAGAGCAGGUGAGCAGCUGCAGGGCAGUGCAGGCAGCCUCCAAGCCGGUGCUCUCCUGUACCAGCAGUAGUAAAGCAGGAGGACCAGACCUGGCACACUGACACAGCUCGCUCACGUGUGCCUGAACACAAGGCAGCCUAGCCCCAGCAGCAGAGGCAGACCCUCGAGAACCUCCUGGAUGGGUUGCUCCAGCAAAAAAGUAGAAACCAUUCCUGGAAGGCUGCCUGUUUCCUCAAAGCCCAGCCUCCUGCUGCCAACAUAUGUUCCUGGAAUUUCAUCAGAAGACAGCCUGAAGUGCAGAGAAGCUCAUCUGCUUUGAGCUGGGCAUCGCUGUCAGAAGCCCCAAGCUCAUGCAGGCUCAGCAGUGGUCAUCCUCUUCCAUUCACAGGGCCUAAACAACACAGAGAGGUGACUGCAAAGGGACAAGCAUAGCCCCGAGAGCGAGAUUUGGCUAAUCAUACAGUUUGGGGGUGAGAUCCUGCAGUACGUGAGGCCCUGCUGUAGGUUACCUCCCAGCUUGGCUGGUGCGAUGGCAGCGUAGGGACACUGCUCAGAGCCUGGGUUCCUCCUGGGCGCUGAUUCUGUAAAGGAGAUGGUUCGUGCAGCCCGGUGUCACGGCAGCAUCGCAGCCCAGGGUUCAUACACUGAUCAGGGGGUCGUCAGGGCCUGGUGUACAGCUGCUGAGUGAGUGCAGCACUGUUUAAUAAAAAUGCUGAAAUGAA